ACAUUAUUGAAAGAGAAGCACAGGGUGAGAGGACACCGCAAGAGCAUCUCCAAAGUGAUCGCUGUUUCUCAAAGGAUGCUGAUUCCACUGAUGAAGGAUCCUGGAUGGAUUCGAAAUGUCUGGACUCUCAACCUAAAUGAUUAACCGGCAUCAGCAUUGCAUCUGCCUUGCAAAAAUCUGAGCACAAAGAGUAUUGCCUUCAUCCCAAACACUGCAUAAAGAUUUCUUGGAUAGGAGAAGUCUGGGAAUAAUAAAGGAAACGUUCUCCUCUUACUUCGGAUGACUGCUCUCUGUCCAACUCCAUGAAGACAAUGAGACUUCUGGAAACAUCAUAGUCUUCUGAGGAUGAUGCCACAAUGACACCGUUUGACAACAGGCUUUUCAUAAAACAUGGGCAGUAAGGAGGCGUGGGGUCAAGGCUGUAGGAUUUCAGGAGAGGGGGGAUAAAGGAAAGAGGAACAAAUAGACUGGAAAAGAAAUUAUAGCAGAAAUGGGAAAGGCAACAGGGGACUAAUUCAAGGAAGAGUCCCAAAGGACUUUGGUUAUAUGGAGUCAGACAUCUACAGUUCACCAGACUCAAGAAUUCCUCUGGGGACCAACCCAACCAGCUUGUCAGUCUUCAGCAUAUCUGUUAGAUAGAUUUGAGACACAGACCCAAGAUGGAAUACUAAGGAAUCAGGCACAAACCAUGAAUUACGUUGGGCAGUUAGCAGGCCAAGUCUUCGUGACGGUAAAGGAACUCUAUAAAGGAUUAAAUCCUGCCACGUUGUCUGGAUGCAUUGACGUUAUUGUCAUCCGCCAACCAGAUGGCAGUCUCCAGUGUUCUCCCUUUCACGUGCGGUUUGGAAAGAUGGGAGUUUUGCGGUCAAAAGAAAAAGUGGUUGACAUAGAAAUUAAUGGAGAAUCUGUGGAUUUGCACAUGAAACUAGGGGACAAUGGAGAAGCGUUUUUUGUAGAGGAAACAGAUGAUGACCAGGAGGCUAUUCCAUACCACUUGGCUACUUCUCCCAUUCUGACAGAGGGAGCAGCUCUCAUGGAAUCGCAGCUGCUGAAGAGAAACUCUAUAGAGAGGAUAAGAAACAUGGAUGCUUGUGGCCCUUUGCAGUUGCCAAACCCUACCUCUCCAUCCACGAGUGAGGCCACUUCUGCUGGCUGCUCUGUGAAGAAAAGGAGGAAGAGGAGGAGGAAAUCCACCCACAAAAUAGAAACUUCUAAAAGAGAUGAAAAUGCAGAUACCACAGAAGACGAAAACAUGUUCCCUAUAGAAAUGAGUUCUGAUGAAGAAAAUGAGCUACUAGACAACACAAGAACAUCUGUCCCUGAUCUGUGCAGAGAUGAAGUGCUUGAGAUAAGUUCCUCUUCAAUUAGUAUACUCUCUCACCCCCAUUCAGAUGGAGAAUGGACACCAACACAAAGUCAACCUCUAGCUUGUGCAGGGAGGUCCUCUUAUCUUACUGUUCCAGCAGAUGGAGGAUUAUCUAGUUCUUGCCCUCAUCAGUCUUCUCACUAUCCUGCUACAGACAGUCCUUCAGGUUCACGGCCUGACACUCCUAAAAGUGAUUCAGAAUUAGUCAGUAAAUCAUUGGAAAGGGGUGUCCAGAAGAAUAAUCCACAAAUGCACUGGGACUGGGGAGAACUACCUCAAGCCACAAAGUCUACCACUAUGCUCAAGCCCAAAGAACCCACCACAGUGACUGUGAAUAUGUCUGAAAGCACUCAUUUCCGCGUCAUUCAGACUAAUGCUUCGGAGGAGCAUAGUAGUGCAUCUCCCUUGCCUGUCCUUGGACAGGCUGAUGCUGUGAUGAUUCUGGAAGAAGCUGAGCUUCAGGCAGCAGGAACUGAGAUAAACGAACUGGAUAUAGAAAAUUUAGGGGCAGCUGCCCCCCCACUCCCUGCCAGUGAAGAAAUAAAGCAGACUACGGCAUACUUAAUGCAGCCAGCAAACAAAACCGAUUCUCCCUCCAGGAAAAAAGAUAAGCGAAGCCGACAUCUCGGUGCUGAUGGUGUAUAUUUAGACGACCUCACAGACAUGGAUCCAGAGGUUGCUGCUCUCUAUUUUCCUAAAAAUGGCGAACCCACUGCCCAUUCAAAGACUGUGAGUGAAAAUGGACCCCGCUCAGCAAAUCAGUCCCCUCAGUCAGUUGGAAGCUCAGGUGUUGAUAGUGGUGUUGAGAGCACCUCAGAUGGAAUAAGAGACUUGCCCUCCAUUGCCAUUUCACUUUGCGGAGGACUGAGUGACAACAAAGAAAUAUCAAAAGAAAUGUUUUUGGAGCAAGAAGUAACAUAUCAGCAGUUUGUGGACAAUCCAGCUAUAAUUGAUGACCCCAACCUUGUGGUGAAGAUUGGAAGCAAAUACUACAACUGGACAACAGCAGCUCCUCUUCUGCUGGCGAUGCAAGCAUUCCAGAAACCAUUGCCAAAGGCCACUGUGGAUUCUAUAAUGAGGGAUAAGAUGCCCAAAAAAGGUGGAAGAUGGUGGUUUUCAUGGCGAGGGAGGAAUAGCUCUAUCAAAGAGGAAACAAAGCCAGUUCAGGGUUUGAGUGGAAAAGAAGAGUCUGACAUUGCAAACAGAAUCAAGGAUGAAUCUUCCUCAAGUGAUGAAGACCCUAGGACUUCAAAACAAGUCCUUGGAUUAUUGCCAGCAAAUGCCAAUCAUCUUUCCCUGUUGCCUGGAGUAGGUUACAAAAAGACCCUUCGACUCAGUUCGGAACAGCUGAAAAGUCUAAAUCUUAAGAAUGGCCCCAAUGAUGUGAUUUUUAGUGUCACAACGCAGUAUCAAGGAACGUGUCGCUGUGAAGGCACCAUCUACCUGUGGAAUUGGGAUGACAAGGUCAUUAUUUCCGACAUUGAUGGCACAAUCACAAGGUCAGAUACUUUAGGUCAUAUUUUGCCCACUCUUGGCAAAGACUGGACACAUCAAGGCAUUGCCAAGUUGUACCAUAAAGUGAGCCAAAAUGGGUAUAAGUUCCUGUACUGUUCAGCACGUGCUAUCGGCAUGGCAGAUAUGACCCGCGGAUAUUUGCACUGGGUCAACGAGCGGGGGACGGUGCUACCUCAGGGACCUGUGUUACUGAGUCCUAGCAGUUUAUUCUCAGCUUUCCACAGAGAAGUGAUAGAGAAGAAGCCAGAGAAGUUUAAAGUUCAGUGUCUAACAGACAUCAAAAACUUGUUCCACCCCAACACAGAACCUUUUUAUGCUGCCUUUGGGAACAGGCCUGCUGAUGUGUAUUCUUACAAGCAAGUGGGAGUUUCUUUGAACAGAAUAUUCACCGUUAAUCCUAAAGGAGAGCUAAUUCAAGAACACGCAAAAACCAACAUCUCAUCGUAUGUAAGACUCUGUGAAGUAGUAGAUCAUGUAUUUCCCUUGCUGAAAAGAAGCCAUUCUUCAGACUUCCCAUGUUCUGACACCUACAGUCAGUUCACAUACUGGAGGGAUCCGUUGCCACGGUUUGAGAACCAGGACAUUCAGUCUUCCGCACCGUAAUUAGUUCAGAAUCUUCCUAGCCGAAGGAUGAAGCGUUCUGUGCUUAACAUGAUCCUGCUGGAUUUUGCCACUUUCCGUUCGCCUGGAGUUUGAGAUGUAGUGAACAUUUGUUAAAUGUCAAUUCAGAAAUUUCUUUUUGUCCUUAAAGUAACAUUUCUGAAUGUUACACUCUCCGCUCUUCUCCAGCAUCAUGCUCAAGAGAUACCAUGUAGUCUUAUUAUGACAGGAUGUUUCUGAGUACCCUGUCCCUGGGAUUUCCAAAAGCAAAUCCUUCUUCAGUGUUUCCGUGGCAACUUCCAUCCCAGUGAUGAGCGAUACUUCCAGUCUGAGAGCGUCACUGGGGCCUUCCAGUUCCUAAUAUUGAGGGUAGAGAAGGAGUAAGUAAUUUAAGCGUCUGAGCUGAAGUGGCCAUUUUUAUGAGAAAAAAUAUGAUCAGAUCUUAUGGAACCAAAGUCUGUUGGUCCACAGGUGACCUCAACGUAUGUGGCAAGGCUGUGGUUAUUAGAGCUGUACACGUUUGCACUGGCCGAGUGUGUGGCCCAUUCCUUAGCACCCCUUAAUUAUAUAUAUUAUGGUGUGGAAAUGCCAAACUACUUUUUAGCUCUGAGGGAUUUUUUUUUAAAGCUGCGUGCAUGUGUCGACACUGUGGCAAAUGUCUUUUAAAAACAACAUUGAGUGUGCUUUUUCUAUCUGUUGUGUGGUGCUGUUGGUGGUUCUGGAUCACAGCAAUAAUCUGUAGUACGGAAAAUGGGAUUGGGUCGGAAUCUGCUAAUCUCAUUUUACACCAAGCCAAACUUUAAUCAAGGAGUAAUCCUUUUUGAAUAACUGGACCCACUGCUUGUCCUCAGUUGACCUUUUAGGCCACAUCUUAUGCUAAAGUUUUUAUUAUACUUGGCAGUAGUUACUCAAAGCGGCAUACAGCCUGGAAUCAGUUGGGAGUGGCAUAUGUGCUUUUAAAUCAAUAGAAAAUAUAUGGAGGGAUGGGGAACUAGUUGGUUUUCUUUCACCAGGAAGAGCUGUGCCAUUUAAAUGCCUGUGCACUUUUCCUGUUUGAUAUGUUGCAUCUGGGUAUCUCCUUCCUGAAGUGCAAAAAGAGUAUUUCAGGAAGCAGCAUUUGUCUGAGGAACGUCAGGGGAGUUGUGUCACGGGGCCGUCCACACGUUGUGUUUGCCCUGUCUGUAGCUGUGAUAUGAACUUUUAUACUGGUGGUGGAUGUUCACCAGGUUUAUCUUGCUCCCUUUUUCCAGCUUUAUGUUGAUAUGAUUUGGGUGCCACACAACACAACCAGCCAUCAAAGGGAGUUUCCCCUUUAACUUUUCAGUUUUCUGUGUUUCUGUUCUUUGCACAAUAUUGUAGGUAAUGGUCCUGAUUUGUUGCCUAUAAGGUUGGCCUGCCUUGAGAUUUAAUGGUAUGCAUAAUGAGCAAAUGUUCUACAUAAUUGUCCAGAGAAGCUGCUUUUGCAAGUUGCAGGCCUUAUUUAAAAUUCAGGCUUCUACUGACCAUAUACCAAAUACUUCUAAAAAUGUUUUGUUUUAUUUUUAAAAAAUAUUUCUUAGAUUAGAUAAGUUAGCUAUUUUCUGAUAGAGACUGAGGGGAGAUCUAGACGUGAUGGUAAUCGGCCCAUGUGUUAGAACUGGGUUGAUGCCAGAUUCCUAUAAAACAGAGGAGAGAUGUAGAGGGUAGAAGAGUGGGAGUGAGGGGUUGCUGCACCUUUCCUGUGACCAUGCUUUUCCUUCAAGGCUUCUCCUCCCUGGACACUUUCCUCUUGGUGGGGCCGAGACUGGAAGAAACCCAGACUGAGAGAAAAAUGGCUGGGGAGAAGGAGCAAACUGGGAAAGAUUCAGCAACCCCUACCAUCCUCAUGCCCUUUUGCACUUCAAAAGCCCCACUUUCAUUUUACAAAUUCAUCAUGAUUAAUCACAUUCUCCCUCAGUGGAGGAGUGUAUCCAUAGGAGUGAAUCCAUAGGUCCUACCUGCUCCUGAGACAGUAGCAAAGCAGCUCAGAUGACCCAUGUAGGAGGGGCAUAUACCCACUGCCUUCCAAUUUCUGCCCUGUCUAUCUCCAGAGCAGGAGCCUCGAUGGCUUGUCUAUCCCUGUGUCUCUAGGAGAGAAAAGAAGAUGGUGGGGAGUUGGUGGCAUACGCAGCAGGUGAUGUUGAGGGCUUAGGCAAUCCUGCAAUUGCCCCUGAAGGCAUGGAGGAGGGCCAUAAAGUUCCCAAGGGCCAGCAUAUGUGGCCCAGCUGAGAUACAUUGGAUGUAGUGAGUCUUGGCAGCCCCCAACAGCCCCAGGGUUCAAGGAGCUCAGUGCCAGUGUGGGUGGAAGAGAUCCCCAAAUACAUUUUAGUCUGACUCAAGGAGCUGGUCCUAGAGGAUAGUGGUGUUCAUGGAACUGGUGCCUGCCAGUUCGAAGGUGUGGUGGUGGUGGGGAUAUCUUAAAGAACUGGGGAGGGUGCUUCCCCCCCCCCGCUGCGUUCCCCCCACUUCUGGGUACUUCCGGUCCAAUGUAGACUGGGGCGGCAAGGUGGUAUGCUGUCGCCUCAUGGGACUGAUUUCAGUGACAGCGCUGGCAAGGGAAACACGGCGGGGAAGGAGGAAGAGCCUCCUCCCCAGUCCUUAAAGCUACCCCCCCCACCUUUCAACUAGUUCAUGGACAUCCCUACUAGAGGAGAUUCAGAAGCACGGAAAAGGGUCUUCUCCUUUCUAGCUCAGGAGAGUCCCCCAAAAGGGGGGGGGACCUGUAUUACAGCAGCCUCAGGCGCCCCCUGCUUCUGCAGUGCUAGCCCCUGCAGAUAGAGGGCAGCCACCACUGGAGAGACACAGAGAGGCCUCUGUUCACUCCAUUGAGGGUUCUGAUCAGGAGUCUAGCUCACCCAGAUGAUCUGGGGUUGGGGAAGAGCUGGAAGCACCCAUGACUCCCUCCUCAAGCCUCUCUAGCCCCCUCUCUUUGAACUCGGGAGUUCCGAAAAACAUGAGGAAAUCCUAUCUUUGGCUCUAACUCUGCUGUCCCAAGGUCUUCAGAUAGAGGGCAACCACUGCGCCAAAGAAGCAGAGAGGCCUCUGUUUGCUUCUAUGAGGGCUCUGAUCAGGGAUCACCCCAUCUGUGUAGGCCACUCAGACAACCCAGAGGCACCCACCACCCCCAGGGGCCCAUCCCUUUCUCCUUUUCCCAGCCCCACUCCAGCCAGAUCAUAUUGAUCUCACUCAUCCCAGGGUGAACUAUGCGAGAAGGAAACUGGCCUGGCCAUUCUGCUGCUCUCAAGAAUUUCUUCCAGGGAGGUUUUGCCAGGUUACUACACAAGGCCCACAAGAUUCUCAAUCUAGAAGGGCAAGGGCCUUCACCCAUAGAACCAGAGGGUUACCAGGAGGUCUUUCCCCCUCCCCUGCCCACUGAGGAUAUUAUCCCAUGCCCACAGCUUUUUACACAAACCAUCCAUUCAGAAUGGUCAAACCAAGACAAGGUUAGGGACCAUGAAAUGCUUUUAUCUGGCUCCUAAGGCGAUCAUGCUGAGGGUUAUUUUGGUUGAGAUGCCCAUGGCUGCCUUGGUUAAAGGCCAGUUAUUGCACUAGGAUGGGAAUGAAUUACUAAAGAGUCCAGAUGAUGAAAGGGUGCUCUGCCAUUUUGAGGCAGUCACACGUGGCCUUGGUCCUGGUCCUGAAAGCCUCUGUGACCUUAUCCAUAUUUACUUGGGCAUCCAUGUUAUGGUUAAGAAACUUUUGCAAUAGGUUCCUCCAGGCAACUCCAAACUGAGGUAAGGGUCAAACAAGCUGGGUAAAAGUUACUGCCUUCACGGCAGACACUGCACUGGAUGCCAUGCAGAUUUCUGCCAGAGCCCUGGCAUGCAAUGUGACCAUUAGGAGACACUUAAGCUUCAAGAAUUGGAAAUCAAUCAGACAUCUCAUUCCAUCCUGUCUACCACACCCUUCAAGGGUGGCAAGUUAUUUGGUGAAAGUUUUGACCUGGUUCUCCUUGAACCUAAAGACAAAAAAGGCCACGCCAUCUCCUUUUCCCCAGGAGGAUACAAAAUGUCCAAUUCCUCCCACUUCCUGUCUAGGCAUGUGUAGGAGGAGUGAAAGUGAGAGGUGCUUUGACAACCAGCUGGCGUUAGGGUCUACUAUACGCAUUCUCUCCAACAGCUAUAUUGCCCCAAACAAUAAGCAGAAUCUUGGUGGCACCAGUCUGUCCACAUUUUGUAUUCCCUAUCUCAGGAGCAGGUAGGUAGAGCAACCUGACCUAUGGAUACACUCCUGACCAUUGAGAAUGAUCUCUCUGAUAAGUGCCAAUGGUUCAUUCUGGCAGACAGGUUAUGUGACUGCAAUGUGCAGAUACAGCCUAACAUGGGCAUCUGUUUUUUAUUGUCCUUCAUGACUAUUGUCUUGGUAGCUCCUAAGACAAGUGGCUCCAGUCUAGCUAAAGUUAAUUGCCCCAUAACGUUCAAUGAGACGGACGUUAGCCUUGACUAACUUGUUCCACUAAUUUAGUUAUGACUUUGUCAUAAAGAACUUCUGUGGGAUUGGGGUACAAAAUCACAAGCCAGCACAGUCAGGUGCAUUUAAGCCCAUUGCCAUCAUUGGAUGUAGACUUGCCUAUCUCUAUGCUGGACUGUGGUCCAAAUCUGUCUUUUGCCAUUGAUAAUGAAAGUGAGAUUAGUACCAGGGUUUGCUAACUCUUUAAAGUCCAUUGAGGAUUUGGGAAACUCAGUGCCUUCUAUGCUACCUUGUUCUGCCAUAUGAGUAUCUUGCUGUGUUUAAAUUUGCAAAACACCUAAUUCAUAUCCAGUAUUGGUACAGUCCUAUGGUUUUGUGUGCAUAAAUAUAUGUCUAUACAAAACCUGCUCUGGUCUUCCAGAGUCAGCAUUAAAGGUUGAUCCAAAGUCUUGCCUGUCAUGGCAGGACUGUGGGGUUUUUUAGCCUGUCUAACUUAGGUCCUAGCUGGAAAAUGGAUUUAUAUUCACAUUUAGUGCUCAACGUGCUUUCCCCCCAACUGGCCAUGAAUGGAUGCCCAAUCUCUGAAGUAUAUUAUUUGCAAAGCAUAAUAAUUGAUGUACCCCAGUCAAAAGGAGCACACAUAGAGUCUUCUCAAAAUACUGAAAAUCCAUCUGAUCAGCUCUUUCAAAAUGGGGUGGGUGGGACUGAAUCCAGGUUCUCCUACCACAGCUAACUGGCAAAAUGUUAAAUAUUUUUCAGCGUGUUUAGCCAAACCUUUGGAUUGGAGAGGACAAGCACAUGCUCAGAAACUGUUCGCCUAUGCAGUUCCCCAUCCAGCUGGGGAUAUGCCCCUGGGAGUCUGCUUCUCCUUAGCUGGAUAAGAACAUUGCAUUUGCCAUGAGGUUGAACAUCUCCUGCUGUAGCAGUGGAUGGGUGUGGCAGACUUGGCAAUUGGAUAAAGGGUUAGACAUAAUGGGUAUGAUCCAGCUAUAGUCAUGCCUAGGUUCCAUUGAAAUAAAUAGGACUUAAAUGACUUUCCAUUAAGGCUGUAACCUGAGAACACGUAACUAGGAGUAAGCCCCAAUGAAACUCAGUGGGAGUUGCUUCUGAGUAAUCACACAUUAGGAAUGGGUUGCAAGUCCCAUUCCAUUGCCUUCAAUAAGCCAUUGUCAUGAUUAGAUUUUUCUAGAUUGUUCAAUACUAUGCUCAAUGUGCAUUAAUUGGUGAGGGAUGGGGACAUCACAAAUUGUGUAAAAUGGUUAAAGUGAUCUUUCAAACAUUUGUGGAAAUGCCCUGAUUUCUACAUAAGCUUGGAAGUAAUUUGGGUGCACAUUCACAAUAAUAAGCCAGCCAUUACUGCCUAAAGAAGAGGCAUAGAUCCAAUAAAUUAUGUGAUUUUAGGCUUUUUUCAUAUUAGUUAUCAAAAUUGCUUCAUGAGCAAGAAGGAACACCAUUUUUAGUUUUCAUAGGUCAGGCCAUGCUUGUAGACCUGGCAACAUUUUAAAAACCAAAAAUGUCAGUUUGGGAUCCAUGUGAAACCAUGAAAAGUAAUCUCAAGGAUAACAUGCCAAUUUUAGAGAGACAUUUGUCUUACUACAAACUGCCACAAUUUGUCCAUAUAUUCUUGAAAUGUUAACGUUUCAUCAUACCAUAAUUGGUGUUGUCCAUUAUGUUGAAUUGUAAAAAUAUACUUGCCACAUUAGAAAAAAAAACUUGUUCACCAACUGGCUUAGAAUAUAUUGGGCAUGAUCCAACCAAAGUCCAUUACUACUAAGGCCCACUGAAUUUCAUGGGAGAGUUUCUUAACUCUCUCACAAAUCGAUGAGAAUCAGCUCAGCAGUGUUUAACUUCAGCUGGUUUGAAUCCUUACUAUCUAAAAUAUCCAGAUCCUUUAAGGAGGAAACUCUUGGUCUUGUCGGAAGUUUGCUCAUCUUUUUAGGAAAUGUACCAAUUCACAUUUGUAGGACACUUGUAGCUUGCAUUAUCUUCCAGCUAACCUGGAAACUACUUGGGACUGUUAUGAUUGUAGGAGAUAGUAGAAUAGUGCACCUGGGGAAUAGCAUAUAAAUAGCUUCACAUGCACUUACAGCAUUGGGAUGUUACCUGAGUGGAACUAUGAAUUCCUGAAGGUCCAUGUGAAAACUACUUGCAGAAACCUCCGCAGAUACAGCUACAGUAUAUUAUUAAAUGCACUUACAGUGAAUACAUCUGUGUGAGGUUACUAUUUUAAACAAAUCUGAAGACCUUCCUGCCUCCAUCCUGUUAGAGAUGCUACAGUAUCGACUUUUGAAUGUAGUUAUAUGGAAUACCUGCAGAUUUAUUUCACUCAACUAAUAUAUAUUGCAUUGGUUUGUGGUCACUGGAGACAAUAGUUCUUAAGGGUUGCUGUUACUAAAACUGAAAAACGUAGCUGCAGGUACACACAAAUUUAUAAAUGGUUUCACUUCAGCUGAGCAGUUUUUAAUGCACAUUUAAACUGCAUUGUUGAAUUCCCAAAGAACAAACUAAAACAUGGAAAGGCUGAAUGAAUUCUUAUUCUUUCUAUGAAAGAAAAACAAAUGACUUUUGACUUUGCUUUCAGUGUACUGGGUGGUUUUCUGUUACAGAAAAAGGUACUUUUUCUAAUGCACUAUAAAUGCACAAACACAAAACCAGUAUUUGCUCUGUUUAUAUAGUCUCCCAUCUUCUGAGCUAGAAUAUGCAAGAAAUGGAUCCCUGUUUAUUUUCAUACAUUAGAUGGUCAUCUUUCUCUACAAGUGCUAUGUGAAGUGGAGAAAAAUAACAUGAUGAACAUCACAUAAUACAGAUGUAAUUUAAGGCUCUAAUAGAAUUAUCUUUUUAAAUUAUUAUUUUAGGACUGUUGAUUAGUUUGUUUCUGGAUACUACUACUUCUGUAUAUGUAUGCACUAGUGCAAUGAAUUAUAGAAAGUAAGGUAAUAUCUCAUUUUGAUGAUGAGCUGAAUGCAAAUAUUAUAUAUUGUAAUAAAUGCAAUCUUAUUUUUUAAAAAAUGUUCUGAAAAUCCA